UGACCAAUCAAAUCCACAUACAAGCCCAUAUAAUCAGAAAGCUCCAUAAGAAAAGGUUGCUGCUGCAGAGUGUGAAGGCUGUGGAAGUGUGCAGACUAACAAGUGAUUUAUUUUCUAUCUAAUAAGUUCUUUAUAUUAAAAGUCACCAUGACCUUUGUAACUCUCAAUAGUGGAGCUAAAAUGCCAAUUGUUGGACUGGGAACAUGGAGGUCUGCUCCAGGUGAGGUCACAGAGGCCGUGAAGGCAGCCAUUCAGGUCGGCUACCGCCACAUCGAUGGGGCCCAUGUCUAUGAAAAUGAGAAUGAAGUUGGGGACGGAGUCGAUGCCAUGAUUAACCAAGGAGUGGUGAAGAGAGAGGACCUAUUCAUAGUCAGCAAGCUGUGGUGCACUUACCAUGAGAAACACUUGGUAAGAGGAGCCUGUGAAAAGACCCUAAGUGAUCUAAAACUGGACUACGUUGAUCUCUACCUAAUGCACUUUCCCAUGGGAACUAAGCCUGGAAAUGAGUUUUUCCCAUUUGAUAAGGACGGCCAAGUAAUUCCAGACAACAGCGACUUUCUAGAAACAUGGGAGGCAAUGGAAGAGUUAGUGGAUGCUGGGUUGGUCAAGGCCAUCGGUGUGUCCAACUUCAACCGGGAUCAGAUUGAGAGAAUCCUGAAUAAACCAGGACUCAAGUACAAACCUGCCAAUAAUCAGAUCGAGUGCCAUCCAUAUCUGACUCAGGAGAAGCUGAUUAACUACUGUCAGUCCAAAGGCAUUACAGUCACUGCAUACAGUCCUCUGGGUUCCCCAACCAGACCAUGGGCACAGGCAGGUGAGCCAUCACUGCUGGAGGACCCAAAGAUCAAAGCCAUUGCAGAUAAGCAUGGUAAAACCACAGCACAGGUUCUAAUCUGCUUCCACAUGCAGAGGAAUGUUGUGGUCAUUCCCAAAUCUGUAAACCCUAAGAGAAUCAAAGAGAAUUUUGAGGUCUUUGAUUUUGAGCUGAGUAAAGAAGAGAUGAACACCAUACUGAGUUUUAAUAGAAACUGGAGAGCUUUUAUGCUGGGAUGGGCUUCCAAGCAUAAGGAUUAUCCAUUGAAUGCAGAAUACUAAAGCUUUAAUAAAUCCAGUUUCUAACUGUACUGUGAAGUAAAUAUGACUCCUGCAUUUCCCAUCAGGGAUAAAUGAAGUAUGUUGAUAAUCUCAGAGACUGCACGA